AGUUUUAGUUGGUUAGUUUCGAUAGUUUUGCCUCUCUUGGAACUAUGACCGAUGCUCAAUCUCGUGAUGAGAAGGGGAUCCCAGCAUCCAUCUACGACGGGAUCUUCAAGAACAAUCGCCAGAUCAAGCCUGGAAAUCCAAAUGAAUUGAAGAUGGUAAUGGGCUUGAAGUUGAAGGAAGUCAAUAAAGACUGCGCUGACGCUGUUCUGCGCGUUUCCAAAGCGACACUCAGUUGGGAAAUCGUCAGGGAGAUUAUGAAUGCGACAGAGCGUUUGAUUCAAGAAAGGGUCAGUGAUCCGACCGGUCAAGUGGCUAUUGCCGUCGAUCCCCCGAGUAGUUGGUCCAAAAGUGUCACGGAUUUCCUGGCAAGCUGCUACAAGUUGAGCCCGUCGCCGAACUUCAAAUUCCUUGAGCUGCUGGCUAUUCUCACUGGGAAGUCACAGUAUCUGAUUCUUCAGUGGUUUGACACAGCUGAAGAGGAAAAGCGUGAGAAGAAUCAGAAGCUUGAGACGGCUACGUUCAAGCGUCAUUGUCCAUGGCGGAAGAGACAUAGACUGAUCCAGCCCCUCUCGAACGCCACCGCCAUCCCGUUCCUGGAGGCUGCUUUCCAAAAAUCGUCUAUCCCCGGAAGCGUUGAGCUCUACGACCUUCAGCUGAAAACCAACUGGUUUAUUUGUGAGCUAAAGGCCUGGUUCACUGCAAGACGGGUUGCCGAGGAGAUCAAGGGGAAGUUGAGUGAGCUGACGGGAGUUCAGGGUGUAGCAAAGGAUCAGAGUUGAAGGAUCCGGGAAGAUAUUUUUUCGUUAAAGUUUUAUUUGAAUGUUGAUUUGUAAAGUUUUAAUGGUUUAUUAGAAUAAAUUGUAUAGUAGUUG